AUGAUGUUUGAUCCACCUGAUUUCCCGUAUAAAGAAUUAACAGAUUCUUUAAGGGAUCACUACGGACCGGAUGAUCCAUUAUUCAGUAACAGCCCAUACGUUAACGACACACACGUUAAAGAUAUAGAUGUCGCUACUGAGUCAUUUAUUUCAACAGUUGAACCAGAGUUAUCUUUGAAUUCAAAUAAUUCUGGACGUUAUUUUAACAUAGAAAAUAAUUCAAUUUUGAAUUCAGAACAACAAACUAAUGAAUUAAACUCAGAACUGUACGUCGUACAAUCAGAUAAUUUCUUCAAUUACGAGCCAACUUUGCUGGACGAUAACACAGUUAACGAAUUUUUAUUACCUGUACAAGUGCAUGCCGAAAACAAUAAGGAACAGGAAUAUACUGGGCCUAACCUAUUGGCCUGGCACUCAUGCGUGAUGUGCCAUGAGAUUUUCACGACUGAGGCUGAGCUGCUCGAUCAUACAAUAUCUUUGCACUGCUCUGACAAUGUUCCUACAUCAAGUUCUACAGUGGAAGAUCCUGUAUUGGAAGAAUCCUCCAUCCUCCAUGUUACAGAUUCAAGCAACGCCAGUGGUUCAAACUUGGAUUGCGAAUGGCUCGUGUGCAACGUUUGUGAAAGAGUGUUGUCCACGGCGCUGGAGACGGAACAGAGAGAGCUGCUAUGCUGCACCGACCUGACCGGCAAAACCAGUGUUGCCGUGCGCAAAUUCAGCACGAUGUUCGUGUGCAAUUACUGUAGCUAUCUCUUCGCGGAUGGGCUCGCUAUGGACCGCCAUCGACUUGUAUGUUUCGGGCAAGAGGACUUUUACCCUGUGGAUAUGGAUCAAUCAUUAUUAGAAUCAAGUCCGCUCCCUCCAGAAGUUAUGAAAAAUGAUGACGGACAGUUCGAUCCAAAUAUAGAAGGAGCAAAGUGCCGGAGUACGGGCAAGCGAAGACCUUACACCACAGUCAACAGCAAGAUGUGGAACUGCGGAUCUUGCCAUCAGCUGUUUGCUACGGCUAGAGAGCUAUAUCGGCACAAGCGUGGUGAAGACCGGCCUGAGGGAACUCCACUCAUGGCGUAUGUCUGCGAGGAGUGCGACAAGGUGCUUGGCAGUAUGUGCGCAUUACACACACACAAGAAAAUGCACAAAGUCACCAAACCUGGUUACCCAUGUCGUGUGUGCGGACGUCGCUUCAACCAGUCGGGACAUUUGGCCAUCCACAUGCGCAUGCAUACUGGCGAGCGACCCUACCCCUGCGACCUGUGCUCUAAGGCUUUCAAAGUCAAGGUGGAGCGCGACGACCACAGACGGACGCACACCGGCGAGCGGCCCUUCGCGUGCGCCGCGUGUCCCAAGACGUUCACCGCCGCCGCGCGCCUGCGCGAGCAUGCGCGGAUACACACCGACCAGAGGCCGUACAAGUGUGACAUUUGCGGCGCUGCGUUCCGGCGUCCGUACGCGCGCACCGUGCACACACUCAUACACACUGGAGAGAAGCCGCACGAGUGCGACGUGUGUGGAACUGCCUUUAGACGUUCGGGAGAUAUGUGGAAACACAAAAGGACUCUUCACGGAAUGCAAGCUCUUAGUGGUGAAGGGCGUUAGAAGAUACGUAGAAGAUAUACUGUGGCAAAUGUUAACCUAUUUAUACAAGUAAAACUG